CUCACAACAACUUUUUUAUUAUUAUUAUUAUUAUUAUUAUUAUUUGUUUUUAUUAUUAUUCACACGAUCUUUUUUUUAAGCUCUUCUCCACUUUACAUUUACACAUUCCAUCACUUAAAAAAAAAAGCUUUUUUUUUGCAUUACACAUUUUACACUUUUUACACAGAAACAUCAUGUCUGACCAGUUGGUGACACUUUUCCAGAACAUUGGCUUGACGGAGCAGAAGGCCAAGGAGACAGCCAAGAACAAGAACUUGGCCCCGAUGUUGGAGCGAACCAUUCACUCUGCUGGAUUCCAGGACAAGCCUAGUGAAAAGACCACGGGCGCAUUGCUUUAUCACCUUGCCUCGACCAUCACUCCCUCUGCAGUACCUCAUCUCGAUUACAUUGCAAGAGCCAUUCGUGAUUCAAAACUCACUACAUCUGAUCAGGUAUCCGCUGCCAUCAAAUACGCUAGCGAUAAGAAGGAAAUUGACGAGGCUGCCUUUAAUGAGGAAUGCGGUGUUGGCGUUGUUGUGACCAAGGAGGAUGUAGUCAAGGCUGUGAACGAAUAUACAGAGACUGUCAAGGACAAGUUGAUCAAGGAUCGUUACAAGUUCUUUGGCAUGUUCUUCGCUGGUGCCAAAAACAUCCCAAGUUUGAAAUGGGCAAACGGAGGAGAUAUCAAAGAGGCUGUGGACGCAAAGAUGUUGGAAGUUCUCGGCCCAAAGGAUGAGCGCGAUGUUGUUGUCAAGAAGAAAAAAGAGGCAAAGCCCGAGGUCAAGAAGGAGAAGGUUGAGGAGACUGCCUCCUCCUCAGUCUUGACUGUCCCUGAUAUGUUCUUUGAGGGUGAACUCGCAAAGCUGCACAAGCCCGGUGGCAAUCCCCAGAUCAAGCCCGAGCUGAUGGAGGAGCAUUUGAAGGCAACAGGUGGCAAAUACGUCACACGUUUCCCUCCAGAGCCCAACGGUUUCUUACACAUCGGACACGCCAAGGCCAUCAACAUCAACUUUGGUCUCGCCAAGGCCCAUAACGGCAUCUGCAACCUUCGCUACGAUGACACUAAUCCCGAAGCAGAAGAGGAACGGUACUUUGUCUCUAUUUUGGAAAUCGUCAAAUGGCUCGGAUUCACUCCCAGUGAAAUCACCUAUUCUUCCACACACUUCCAGCGCCUGUAUGAUCUAGCUGUUGAGUUGAUCAAGAAGGACAAGGCCUAUGUGUGCCAUUGUACAGCAGAAGAAAUUCAGAUGCAUCGUGGAGGACCUGAGCGAGGACCUCGCACUGCCUGUGUUCACCGCAACAGACCUAUUGAAGAGUCUGUAAAGCUGUUUGAGAAGAUGAAGAAUGGUGGGUUUGAGGAGGGCGAGGCUAUUUUGCGCAUGAAGAUGGAUCUGGAGAAUGGAAAUCCUCAGUUCUGGGACUUGGUCGCAUACAGAGUCUUGAAGACACCCCAUCACAGGACUGGCUCGGAAUGGAUCAUCUACCCCACUUACGAUUACACCCAUUGUCUUGUUGAUUCGUUUGAGAACAUUACCCAUUCACUCUGCACAGUGGAGUUCACUCAGUCCCGUCCCUCUUACUACUGGCUUUGCGAUGCCCUUGAGGUUUAUAAGCCUGUUCAGUGGGAGUAUGGCCGUUUGAAUGUGACCAACACGAUCCUUUCGAAGCGCAAGAUUGCAGAGCUGGUCAAGAGAGGACAUGUCUUUGACUGGGAUGACCCCAGAUUGUACACCCUUCCAGCCAUCCGUCGUCGUGGAGUCCCACCUCAGGCCAUCAACAACUUUAUCCACACCUUGGGAGUGACAAAGUCCGACACUGUUAUUGAGGCCACCAAGCUGGAUGCGUUUAUCCGUGAUUACUUGAAUGAGACUGCGCCCCGGUUGAUGGGUGUGUUCAACCCGAUCAAGAUUGUGAUUGAGAACUUGCCCGAGGGUCAUUUGGAGAUGUUGACGGUCCAGAACAAGCCUAGGGAUCCCUCAAUGGGCGAGCAUACGAUCCCAUUCACACGAGAGGUCUGGAUUGAUGGUUCUGAUUUCAGAGAAGUGGAUGACAAGGACUUUUUCCGUUUGGCGCCAGGCAAGACUGUGGGAUUGCUUAAUGUCUCUUGCCCGAUCACCUGCACGAAGGUGAUGAAGGAUGAUUCAGGAAAGGUGGUUGAGCUCAGGGCUCGUUAUGAGGAUGCUCCGGGAUUCAAGAGACCAAAGACCUAUAUCCAGUGGGUGGCAGAGAGUCCUGAGCAUGGGUCACCUGUCCGAUUGGCAGAGGUGCGUUUGUUCGAUAAGCUCUUUAACCAUGCGAACCCUCAGGAUAAGCGGGAGGUACCUGGUGGGUACUUGAGUGAUAUCAAUGCUGAGAGUUUGAAGGUUGAGAAGGGAGCGUUGGUUGAGAUUGGGCUGUGGGACGUUAUGGAGCGUUGGACCAAGACGAGCGAGAGCAAGACGGAUUAUGAGGCGAUGCGCUUCCAGUUGACGCGGAUUGGAUACUUUUGUUUGGAUAGGGAAUCUGAUCUGGGUGAAUUUACAAAACCAGAAAUCUCGAUCAAGGACACAGCCACGAAGAUUGUACUCAACCGAACUGUUCCCUUGCAGGUUAGCAGUACGCUCAAGAAGCAGGAGUAGGAAGGAUC